CUUAGUAACUUAGGGUUUGUGGACGAGAGCUAGGAGCGAGCGAUCCACACGCUAGCCCGAUGUAAGUGAUGUCGAUCUAAGGCCGCCCUCGGGCGCGCCUCUUGCUGCUAGAUAGAUUGGAGGCUAGAUCGCUAGGAGAGAAGGGGAGGGAAUAAAAUGGCGCCCACGGCCACCACGGCAGCAGUGUCAAUCCCUCUUCCUUCGCGCCCUCCGCGCCUCGACGCUGUUGUUGCUGCCGACGACGCCGGGGAAUUCGACUUCUCGGACGUUUUUGGGCAACUUCCAUCCGUCAAGGAGGGCGAGGCUGCGGAUUGGGGCCAGCCGGAGCUCCACUACGUCGCCGACACGCUGGUCAUUUGUAGCCGGUCACACUCGCUGGUUGGGCCGUCUCCUCGUCCCAGCUUGAGAGUUGGCUGCCCGCUGGAGGAAUGCGAGGCCGGGGACGAUGCUGGUGGCGAGGACUCCGACUUCUCCGACGCUGUGGAUGUGGAGCAGCAGCAGGAAUUCGACGACACCACUCGCAAGCUCGGGCCUGGCGACUUUGAGCUGCUCAAUCUCGUGGGCCAGGGCGCCUUUGGGAAAGUUUUCCAGGUCCGCUUGAAGGGAAGUAGCGACAUCUAUGCCAUGAAGGUUAUGCGCAAGGACAAGGUGCUGGAGAAGAACUAUGUCGACUACAUGAAGGCCGAGCGAGACAUCAUGACCAAGAUCGUGCACCCUUUCAUCGUUCAGCUGCGAUGCUCCUUCCAGACCAAAACGAAGCUGUAUCUCAUUCUGGAUUUCAUAAAUGGCGGCCAUCUUUUCUUCCAGCUCUAUCGCCAGGGGACUUUCAGCGAGGAUCUCUGCCGCGUCUAUGCAGCAGAGAUUGUGAGCGCAGUGGCACAUCUACACUCGAAAGGCAUUGUACAUAGGGAUUUAAAGCCUGAAAAUAUUCUUCUCGACGCUGACGGCCAUGUCAAACUCACUGAUUUCGGGCUAGCUAAAGAGAUUGAAGAAUCGGAUCGAACGAAUUCUUAUUGCGGCACGGUUGAGUACAUGGCACCCGAGAUCUUACUCUCAAAGGGACAUGGGAAGUCAGCUGACUGGUGGAGCCUUGGAAUCCUGGUGUAUGAGAUGCUACACGGCAUGCCCCCAUUCACCAAUCGCAACAAAAACAAGCUCCAGCAAGAGAUAAUCAAAGGGAAGCUCAAACUCCCGGGAUACCUGUCAAGUGAAGUCCAUUCUCUGCUGAAAGGGCUCUUGCACAAGGACCCCAGCAAGCGACUCGGGAGUGGCGGGAGCGGGAGCUGCGAUAUCAAGCGGCACAAGUGGUUCAAGUGUAUCAACUGGAGCAAACUGGACGCUGGAUUGAUCCAGCCAAAGUUUGUGCCGGUCGUCCAAGGCCGGGCCUGCAUUGCAAACUUUGACGAGAAGUGGACCAAGCUUCCGGCGCAGGAUUCUCCAGCGUCCACCCCUCGAGCAGCCGAUAUCGACAUGUUCCAAGGCUACACUUACGUCGCACCCAACGUUUGGCUCUCUGGCAGCAGCUCUUGAGACGGACGACGACACCGUACAGUGAUCUCUCUACACUUAAACGUAUAUAAAAAAACGUGUGACAGCCUUUUGAAAGUGAAAAAGUGUGUAGUGUUCUAGUCCCA